UUGCACAUGUGCGUUGCAGUCAUGGCGGACCUGCAGAUGAAGCUCCUCCGCAAGAAGAUUGAGAAAAGAAACGAGAAAAACAAAAAACGAAAACAGGCGAAUAAGGCGGCAGAUGACCCCGAGCCGGAGAGCGUGACUGUCCUGCAGGAGUGUGAGAGAGCAGGAGAAGCACCUGCCACCAAUCCUGAGGAUGAGCUGGACGCCCAGACCCCGCCACAGUCCAGUCCUCAGAAGCCCAAGAAAAAGAAGAAACGGAAAGUCGCUGACGCUUCAAACGGACCGCAAGCUGAGAAGAGGACCAGGUUGGAUGGAGCAGAAGAGGAUGGAGCUGGAGAGGAGGAGGAGGAGGAGGAGGAGGAGGAGGAGGAUCAACCGCAGCUGCCCUCUGGUCUGACAGGUGCGUUUGAGGACACCUCCUUCGCCUCUCUGGCCGACCUGGUGAGCGAGAACACCCUGAAGGCGGUGAAGGAGAUGGGCUUCCAACACAUGACAGAGAUCCAGCACAAAAGCAUCCGCCCCCUGCUGGAGGGAAGAGACGUCCUGGCUGCUGCCAAGACCGGCAGCGGGAAGACCUUGGCCUUUCUCAUCCCGUCAGUGGAGCUCAUCUACAAGCUGAAGUUCAUGCCCCGGAACGGCACCGGCGUGGUCAUCCUCUCGCCCACCAGGGAGCUGGCCAUGCAGACCUACGGCGUGCUGAAGGAGCUGAUGGCGCACCACGUCCACACCUACGGCCUGGUCAUGGGCGGCAGCAACCGCUCGGCCGAGGCGCAGAAGCUGGCCAACGGCGUGAACCUGGUGGUGGCCACGCCGGGCCGGCUGCUGGACCACCUGCAGAACACGCCGGGCUUCAUGUUCAAGAACCUGCAGUGCUUGAUCAUCGACGAGGCCGACCGCAUCCUGGAGGUGGGCUUCGAGGAGGAGCUGAAGCAGAUCAUCAAGCUGCUGCCCAAGCGAAGGCAGACCAUGCUCUUCUCAGCCACUCAGACCAGGAAGGUGGAGGACCUGGCUCGCAUCUCUCUGAAGAAGGAGCCGUUGUACGUGGGCGUGGACGACAACAAGGACAAGGCCACGGUGGACGGCUUGGAGCAGGGCUACGUGGUGUGUCCCUCAGAGAAGCGCUUCCUGCUGCUCUUCACCUUCCUGAAGAAGAAGAAUCGCAAGAAGAAGCUGAUGGUCUUCUUCUCCUCGUGCAUGUCUGUCAAGUUCCACUAUGAGCUGCUCAACUACAUCGACCUCCCCGUCAUGGCCAUCCACGGGAAGCAGAAGCAGACCAAGCGCACCACCACCUUCUUCCAGUUCUGUAACGCCGACUCGGGGAUCCUGCUGUGCACGGAUGUGGCCGCUCGUGGCCUGGACAUCCCUGAAGUGGACUGGAUCGUCCAGUACGACCCCCCCGACGACCCCAAGGAGUACAUCCACAGAGUGGGCCGGACGGCGCGGGGCGUGGACGGCCGAGGCCACGCCCUCCUCAUCCUGAGGCCCGAGGAGCUGGGCUUCCUGCGGUUCCUGAAGCAGGCCAAGGUGCCUCUCAGUGAGUUUGAGUUCUCCUGGAGCAAAAUCUCCGACAUCCAGUCCCAGCUGGAGAAACUGAUCGAAAAGAACUAUUACCUGCACAAGUCGGCUCAGGAGGCCUACAAGUCCUACGUGAGGGCGUACGACUCGCACUCCCUCAAGCAGAUCUACAGCGUCAACACGCUCAACCUCCCCAUGGUGGCGCAGUCGUUCGGGUUCAAGGUGCCGCCGUUCGUGGACCUCAACGUCAACAGCAGCAAAGGCGCCAAGCUGAUGAAGCGCGGCGGCGGCGGAGGAUUCGGAUACCAGAAGUCGAAGAACGUCCACAAGUCCAAAAUCUUCAAACACGUCAAUAAAGGCAGGAGCGACAAGCGGCAGUUCUCCCGCUGACCAUGUGACUGUUCACUUCUGAUCUGUGUGUGAAGCCAUUAAACCAUGUGACCCCGGUCCAUCGUGCGUGUGUUGCCUCGUACAGGUCCAAACCUCAAUUCAAAGGACAAAGACCUCAAACUAACUGGGCCCAGAGGCCUGGUUCAGGUGAGCCAUGUGUUUUGGAGGGUGAGGUUUAGAGUGAGUGAGAGGCUGGGGAAAGGGUGAUGAGGAACCUCACAAUGUCCCCACAGGGACAGCAACACAAGCCUGUGUGUGUGUGUGUCCAGCGUGUUUGAUCCUGAGCUGCGGC